CUCUCUCGUCUCCCUUGUCUUUUUGUUUAAUCAUAAACAUUAUGGCUCUCAAGGCCGUCCACGUCUCCGACGUCCCGAAUCUCGAUCAGGUGCCGGAAAAUGCUUCUAUGGCGCUCUAUUCCUCCCGCUUCGCCAAAGGUGCGGAGAUGAAUCGGGCUGCACCGAGGAUACCCAGGUUUCUAGUGAUCGGACACAGAGGGAACGGAAUGAACGCGCUACAGUCGUCCGAUCGGAGAAUGAGAGCCAUUAAAGAGAACUCCAUCAUGUCCUUCAACGCCGCCGCCAGAUUCCCUAUCGAUUUCGUCGAAUUCGAUGUUCAGGUAACCAAAGAUGACUGUCCGGAUUUUCACGACGAUUUCAUCCUCUCCGAAGAAAAUGGGACUGUGUUUCAGAGGAGAAUUAACGAACUGAGUCUGUCCGAAUUCCUAAAUUAUGGUCCGCAAAGAGAGCCAGGGAAGGAAGGAAAGACAUUGUUGAGGAAAACCAAAGAUGGUAAAAUAGUAAAAUGGGAUGUCGAAAAUGAUGACCCUCUCUGCACGCUCCAAGAGGCAUUUGAGCAGGUCGAUCCAUCUCUCGGCUUCAACAUCGAGCUGAAAUUCGAUGAUAACAUUGUUUACCAGGACGACUAUCUCUUCCGCGUCCUUCAGUCCGUCUUGCAAGUGGUGUUUGAGUGUGGCAGAGAUAGGCCGAUCAUUUUCUCAAGCUUCCAACCUGAUGCCGCCCUGUUGGUUAAAAAGUUGCAGAACACCUACCCUGUCUUUUUCUUAACAAAUGGUGGGACUGAGCUUUACUAUGAUGUGCGAAGGAAUUCUUUGGAGGAGGCGAUAAAGCUGUGUUUCGAGGGUGGUUUACACGGUAUUGUGUCGGAGGUUAAAGGCGUGUUCAGAAAUCCCGCGGCGGUAACCAAGAUCAAAGAGGCCAAGCUUUCACUCCUAACUUACGGCAAAUUGAACAAUGUGCCGGAAGCAGUUUACAUGCAAUACCUAAUGGGGAUCGAGGGAGUGAUAGUGGAUUUUGUGAAAGAGAUCACGGAGGCAGUGUCGGAUAUGAUUAAGCCAUUAGGUGGGGCGGAGGAAGACGGGGAGAAGCGUUUGUUGGAAGAAGGCGGGCCGAUGCAGGUGAAAUCAAAGCCGGAGUUCUCAGAGAGGGAGCUUUCUUUUCUAUUGAAGCUGAUUCCGGAGUUGAUACAGCUUUGAGAUUGUUUUCAAGAUUUUGUUUUCUCCUUUGUAAAAUUAAAGUAGGGGGCAUAAGCAUAUGCAUACUCAUCAUUCAGGUUGUGGAGGUUGUCGCAUCAGGAUAUAUGCAGUAUUGUUGUACAUAUAAUUUAGUUCCUUGAGGGUCACAAAUACUAUACACAUAAGUUGUGCGCUCCUCCAUAUGUAUCUCAGAACAGAAAGUUUUAUGUUAAUUAGUUGAGCAUCAGCAGUUUGUUUUCA